UGAAUUCCGACACGCCGCUCCAUCCCGCAACCAAUUUUGGGACCCUCCCCAGACAUCAAUUACUCACCCCUUCAAUCGCUUCAGCCGCGCAGCGCUCAGCCUUCCAAAAAAUGUCUUCCGACCUUUGCCCUGUUUACGCCCCCUUCUUCGGUGCCAUGGGCUGCACAGCAGCUAUCGUCUUCACCUGCCUCGGCGCCUCGUACGGCACCGCCAAGUCGGGUGUCGGCAUCGCCGCCAUGGGUGUCCUCCGGCCUGAUCUCAUCGUCAAGAACAUCGUCCCCGUUAUUAUGGCCGGUAUCAUCGGCAUCUACGGCCUGGUCGUGUCCGUCCUGAUCUCCGACGGUCUCUCACAAGACAACUACGCCCUGUACACGGGCUUCAUUCAGCUCGGCGCCGGUCUUGCCGUUGGUCUUGCGGGUAUGGCCGCCGGUUUCGCCAUCGGCAUUGUCGGUGAUGCUGGUGUCCGCGGUACAGCCCAGCAACCGAGACUCUUCGUCGGCAUGAUUCUGAUUCUCAUUUUCGCUGAAGUUCUGGGUCUCUACGGUUUGAUUGUUGCGCUGCUCAUGAACUCCAAGGCGACGCUCAACAUCUCCUGCUGAUAAGCUUUCACAUCUAACACGGAUAAAGUAUGAGGGGACAAGCUGAAACUACCCACGACCCAUACUUGUUCGUGGACCAUCUACAACACAAAUUGCGAUCCUAUGCGUUGGCAUAUGGCAAGACGCGGAACAGGGCAACGACGUUGGGGUUGGCUUAGGGGUGAGCGGGGAGGUCAGUUAGGGGGGGUUGAGCAAGCGGCGCAUCUCGGACACGGUUGGUUAAUGGCUUCGCGGGACGUACAUGUGCUAGUGUCAAAUUAGGGUUGCUCAUUGCUUUGGGUCUUGGGUCCUUCAUCAUAGACGGAUAAGAUUGUAGUCUACUCGGCAAUGGGUUGCUGCUGCGAGGACUUGUUGUGGCGACCCGGUGAUCGGCAUGCCGUGACGAGUGAUGCUACAGAGAGCAGGUAGUUGAGUACUCCGUACUACUUGUAAUGUUAUGAAUCCAUGGCUUUCUCACUG